AUUGCUAGAAAUAUGUUGGUCACCCUGUAAAUCAACGAUUAAAUUAAUCGGAUUUUGGUCAAGGUGGCUGUUACAAGUUAAUUUAAACUUAUUUGCAAUCCUUGAUUUUAAUUAAAUCUAAAUCUAUUUGCCAUUUCUUAUUGAAAAAUUUAUUUAAAAAAUGCGUCAUUAUCAAUAUAACUUCAAAUAAUUAUCAUUAUUAACUUUAAAUAUAUAAAUAUAUAAUAAAUGUAUAAAUAUGAAAUAAUAUUGUAUAUCAAUUGCAAACAGUUCACAGAGUGAAAAUAUCGUAUAAAUUUUCAUAAUAAAUAUAUUUUUAUAAUAAAUAUUUACAUAAUAAAUACUUUGCAUAUUCUGCAAUUAAUUUUAUCUUUGGUUUAUUGUGUGCAGUUAUUUUCUGUCCAACAGUGCAAAGUGUAUUUUAUACGAUUGUAGAUACAUAUAGCUUGUAACUUUAAUGAAAAAACAGAAAAGAUAUUUGUAUACAUGGGAUGUCACUUGGAUAAUGGAAAAAGUUUACUAGUUCCAACAGAAUUAUAUAUUUUCAAGAUGAUAUGGCUUUUCUUUGUUAUCCAUGGAAUAUUAGCUAGUAAUGACAACAUGAUUCUGAAAGAUUUAGGAGAAAAAGAGUAUUUUUUAAUAAAAGCAAAAUCAUCAUUGCCGCAACAUGGAAAAUGUUGGCACACUGCGUUCCAAACAUUACAGAGUAGCUGUGACAAGUUAAACGAUUACGAACAUUCUCUUCUUGCCUUGCGCUUAGCAAACUGUUUCUUAGAAGAUUCUGGCCAUAUAACUUAUGACUGUCAUCUUAGUCAAUUAGAAAACGAGCGUCGGGAAUGCAUUAAUGAAAUGGCAGAUCGAGCAUUCAGUGUUUACAAUGAAUUCUAUAUUCAUGCAACUCAUAUCUGUUUCUUUUUGAAUCAUGAAGCUUGGCAAACUGAAGUUGAUAACACUAUAAAGUUGUUAUUUCAAGUAUCUUCACGAAUGAAAGAUCAGUUAUUGGAAGCAUCGCAAAUGCAGGGUACAAUAUUGAACAGUCAAAAAGAAGGUUUACGUAUUCAAAAUGAGCUUUUAGAUCAUGGCAAAGAACUUGGGACUGUAUUAAAGUCUUCAUCUGAGACAGUUAAUAAUAUGGUGUUAGAUUUCAAAGAAUCAGCCAAAGAUCAGAAGGAGUUGCUUUAUGAAAUCUUUUCUUAUAUACACACUUUUCAAAGUUGGAUUAUUGGAGAAGUGUCUUGGUUUCAAUCUAUCAUAUUUUAUACUGUCAGCUGUAUUCUUUGUGCAUUAUUCAGUUCUUCUAGAAGAACAGUUGAUGCAAGAGUUAUACUUUUUAGUAUCCUGAGUUUAAAUAUAGUGGUUGAAAGAAUAUUAGUCCAAUAUUACAAUAAAAUUGUACUUCAAUCUCCAGAUGACAAGGUACAAUUGUUAAGUACAACAUGGUUGUGUAGAAAAAUUGCCUUAACACUUUGUACCAUAACAUUAUUCUGUAAAUAUUAUUAUUACAAAGACAAACAUUUGGAGAAUUAUAAGACUUUACAAAGAAUUGAACAACAGUUAAAUGUCAUAGAAAAGACUGUAAAUAUCUCCAACAGUAUUGAACCAAUUCGGGCAUCAACGGAAGAGAGCCUGCAGUAUAUCAGGCAAUCUCUGACAUCGGACGAAAUGGAUCACUUGGAAGGGACUCAUUUCGACGGGUCCAUUCCGCACUCAUUUGUUACUUUCGGAGCAUCUGGUGAUCUCGCCAAGAAAAAGAUCUAUCCAACUCUCUGGUGGCUUUUCCGAGAUAAUCUUUUGCCGAGACCUACCAUCUUCGUUGGUUUUGCUAGAAGCAAAUUGACGGUAGAACAAUUGCGUGAAAAGUGUCAUCCGUAUAUGAAAGUGAAGCCAGACGAGGCAGAAAAGUAUGAGAAAUUUUGGAAACUGAAUCAUUAUAUUUCUGGCUCAUACGAUAAGCGAGAAGGCUUCGAGAUACUAGAGAAUGAAUUGCAAAAAUUUGAACAAAGAAAAGUUGCGCACAGGCUGUUUUACUUGGCACUACCACCGAGCGUGUUCGAAUACGUUACAGUACGCCUUAAACUUAUGUGCAUGGGAAAUGCUGGAUGGACGAGAAUAAUAAUUGAGAAACCGUUCGGUCACGACGCUGCCUCGUCGCAGAACCUUUCCGAUAAUUUGGCGUCUCUGUUUACCGAGGAACAGAUCUAUCGUAUUGAUCAUUACCUCGGCAAAGAGAUGGUGCAGAAUCUGAUGACUCUAAGAUUUGGGAAUCGGGUAUUCAAUCCGUCAUGGAACCGGGACAAUAUAGCCUCGGUGCAAAUCACCUUCAAGGAGCCAUUCGGUACUCAGGGUAGAGGCGGCUAUUUCGAUGAGUUCGGCAUCAUCAGGGAUGUGAUGCAAAAUCAUCUGCUGCAGAUUUUGUCUCUAGUAGCCAUGGAGAAACCUGCAUCUUGCCAUCCGGACGAUAUUAGAAACGAGAAGGUAAAGGUUCUGAGAUGCAUUAAGGAAUUGCAGUUUGAAGAUGUAGUUCUCGGUCAAUAUCUCGGAGAUCCGAAUGCUGAAGAUCCGGAGGCGCGUUUAGGUUAUUUGGAUGAUCCCACGGUACCAGCAGGCUCUAACACGCCGACUUUCGCUUUAGCGGUGCUGAAAAUAAAUAACGAAAGAUGGGAUGGAGUUCCGUUCAUUCUCAAAUGUGGAAAAGCUUUAAAUGAACGGAAAGCAGAAGUUAGAAUACAAUACCAUAAUGUACCAGGUGAUAUUUUUGACGGGAAGGCGAAGAGAAAUGAAAUGGUAAUAAGAGUGCAGCCGGGUGAAGCAUUGUACAUUAAAAUGAUGACGAAAUCACCUGGUAUCACGUUCGACAUGGAAGAAACGGAAUUGGAUCUUACUUAUGGCAAUAGAUACAAGGAUUUAAAAUUACCGGACGCUUAUGAAAGAUUGAUCUUAGACGUUUUUUGUGGUUCGCAAAUGCAUUUCGUGCGAAAUGAUGAAUUACAGGAAGCGUGGCGUAUAUUCACGCCAUUACUCCAUCAAAUCGAGAAACAGGAAAUUCAGCCCAUUCCAUAUAAAUAUGGGUCUCGCGGGCCCCAGGAAGCGGACGAUAUGGCGAAAAAAAAUAAUUUCGCUUAUUAUGGUUCGUACAAAUGGAUAAAACCGUGAUAUUGUGAUACAAGAUCAUUAUAUAUCAUGCAAGUACAAACCCUAAAAAAUUUAUAAAGAUUUAUUUAAAGAUGCACAAUUUUUAACUGUCGCAUUCCCAAAAAUUUGAGAUUGUUAUACACAUACUAUUUUUAUAAUUUUACAUGUAUUUCUAUAUCUAAUUUUUAUCUUAUUUACAAAAUUUUUAUAUGCAGUUUUGUCAUGAUCUCAGUUUAAAGAUAUGAUUUCCAUUUAAGGUAAAUGUAUUUUCUUAAAAAUAAUUGCAAUGAAAUAAAUAUCAAUCAGUCUAUUUAGAUCAAUUUUAUUAAAUCUUGACAAUUGUAAAACAUGUUUGUGAUGUAACAGACAAAUGUGACAUACUUAUGUAUAAAUAUCUUUGAUAAUAUAAAUUAUACAGCAUUAAAAA